GGGGACGGGGAGCAGACAGCACCCCAAGAAGAGCCCAGAGCAGCACUGCCAGAGCUCUGAGAGCAGCACCAUGGAGCAGUACUUCUCAGCCACCCAGAAGAUGGAGCAGGAGGUGAUGUUCCCCAGCCUGCUCCGAGGGGUCUUCCCGCAGCAGGAGGGGGCGGCCCCGGCCACGGGCGGCCACACGGACCUCUAUGAGCGCUACCAGCUCCUCAAGUCCAUCAAGCCCAUGGUGGAGAAAGGGCUGGCCUCGGUCACCGACCAGACUCAGACCGACGCUGACACCAACACCUCCUCGGAGGACAACGACACCAUGGAUCCCCAGCUGGAGGAGCGCCUGUCCCACCACCUGGCGGGCUUGCAGCAGGUCCUCACCCACCUCACCAGGGACACCAAUGCCCUCACACGGAGGUACAGCCAGAUCCUGGAGCAGAUCAGCCCCAGCGAGGGCCAGCCCAGCUGGUGACCCUGCCCCAGCCACCAGGAUGGGUGCUGAUGGCAUGAAGGAGAGGACGUCCCCAUCGCUGACCAUCAUGGGCUCUUCCCCAGCCCCACUCACCCUCCCCACACCACGGCAGCUGAUCUCCCAGCGUGGGCACCGCACAGCAGAGACGAUUGCGACCACCCGAGAACCAGAUGGUGCCUUAUCCUCAUAGGAAGAAGCAUCUGGUCGUGCUGGGAGGUCCAUCGGAAGAGCCCCACACCUCGUGCCCUCCUCUUUAUUUUCAAAGAGCAGCAUGAAGGCGGUGGCAUCGCGCGGUGGCUCUGACCUCCAGUGGUCCCUGCGACUACCAAGCCCUUUUCCAGCUGGUACCUGGACUCUGAGGGGCGUUUUCCCCACCCUUUGCUAAUAAAAUGAGCCCUGAGAAGCCA